CCCCAGUAUCAUCCCCCUCACUGGGCCCCUCCCCCACACCUCAGGUAUUAGCCCCCCACUGCAAUCCCCUUGGUAUCACCCCCCCUCUGUAGCUCCCCAGUCCCUCCCCUCAAGUAUUGUUCCCCCCCACCAGCUUUGCCCAGGCCCCAGAAUCAUCCUCCUGCUCUGCCCCUCCCCCCAUUAUUGCCCCCCUUGGGGCUGGAGGUGCCCAGUGCCCUGGGGGCAGGGGGCACGGCAGGAACUCCCGGCCCCUUUAAAUGUUGGCAGCAAACUUCCUCCCCAUUGCCGGCAGCUGCUUGGUCUCCAGCCAGUCAUGUCAGCCCCUCCCUCCCGUCCUGGGGCUGGGCCCAGGCUGCUCAGAGCUGAGGGCUCUGCUGGAGCAGUGCUGCCGGGAUCCACAUGCCCCUGGCCCGCUGCACGCCGGCUCCCCCAGCAGGAGGGGACGGGAAGGAAGAGGGCAGCAGCCCUCGGGAGGACAGACCUUUCCAGCACCUGGGUGAGACCCCCACUGGCUCUGCUGCGUGCUGGGACCACCCCCUCCCCCUGGGGCACUGGAGACAUCUGACCACGGCACCGUGCCAUCUGGGCACCCAGGCCAGGAAAGGCAGCGCUGGGCUGGCCCCGCUCCUCUGGCGUACACGGGGCUGUCGGCAGGUGAGGACACUACGGCCUGCCAGGCGGGCAUGGGCUGUGCUGCCCCCUCCCAGGGGCAGCUCCCUGCAUGGAGGGUCCGGCCUGGCCUGGGAAUGUAGCUGGGAUGGAGAAUGCCAGCACCCCCCCUGCUCCCCUCAACACAUCAGGAAACGGCAGCAGAGGGCAGCUGGGGGUGGCUCCACACUCCCCCCUGGCCUCGGCGCUCAUCCUGCUGGCCGUGCUCUCUGUCAUCCUGGCCACGCUGCUGGGCAACGCGCUGGUGGUGGUGGCCGUCUGCACCAGCCGAGCCCUCAAGGCCCCGCAGAACCUCUUCCUGGUGUCCCUGGCUUCGGCUGACAUCUUCGUGGCCACCCUCAUCAUCCCCUUCUCCUUGGCCAACGAGCUGCUGGGCUCCUGGGGCUUCGGCAGCCUCUGGUGCAGCCUCUACCUGGCGCUGGACGUGCUCUUCUGCACCUCCUCCAUCCUGCACCUGUGCGCCAUCAGCCUGGACCGCUACUGGGCCGUCACCAGGGCCGCCAGGUUCAACCUCCAGAGGAGCCGCAGCAGAGUCAAGGGCAUGAUCGGUGCCGUGUGGGCCAUCGCUGGCCUGGUCUCCCUGCCGGCCCUGUUCACGGCCCAGCCACAGGCCAAGGAGUGCCUGCUGAACGACGACACCUGGUACGUGCUGGCCUCCUGCACCGCCUCCUUCUUCGCCCCCUGCCUCAUCAUGCUCGCUGUGUACUGCAGGAUUUACUACAUCACCAGGCACAGGUGCUCUGGCAUCAUCUCCGCCAGGCCUGGCAUGGGCCAGCGCCCCUCCCCUGCCAGCUCCUGCUUGCCCACUGCCACCCGGAGCCCUGCAGAGCGGGACGCAAGCACAGAGCAGGGCAGCCACUGUGCCCACAAGCUGGGGCCAGCUCGUCCCUCCAGGCAGUGGGCGGAGGAGGAGGCCAAUGGCGCCAAUGCCAGCCUGAGAAGGCCCAGGAGGCCUUCCUGGGCACUGGCUCGAGGCCCCCGGCGGUGGAGUGAGCAGCAGAGCAUGUCCAUCUCCAGGAGCCGGCUGGUGCAGGCGCGGGAGCGCAGGUUCACCUUUGUCCUGGCCCUGGUGAUCGGUGCCUUUGUCCUGUGCUGGUUCCCCUUCUUCUUCACCUACAGCCUGGGGUCGCUGUGCAGGGACGGCUGCCGCAUCUCCAAGCCCCUCUUCAGCUUCUUCUUCUGGAUUGGCUACUGCAACAGCUGCCUCAACCCAGUCAUCUACACAGUCUUCAACAGGGACUUCCGCAGAGCCUUCCGCAGAGCCUUCCGCAGGCUCCUCUCCAAGGCCCCGCAGUGCCCCCGCCCUGGGCUGAACCCUGGCACUGCUCCCCCGCCGGGCCAGACCCCAGCAAGGCCCCUGCACCACUGCCCCGUGCUGGGCUGAGAUCAUUUCCAGCUGGGUACCAAACUGCUCUUGGCCUCCAGCCCCCAUGCUGGGGUUCCCUGUCCUGGGCUAUAUGACACAGGAGACAAGCCUGGGUGUGGGGCUGGUGUCCUGGCCUGGGGUUUAGGAGUUCUGGAAUUAUGGGUUGGGUGGCCCAGGCUGUGAGUGGAGGGGGGCUGGAAACUCUAGCUGCCAAUUUUAGUUUUCAGGUAUUUUCAAAAAUGCAGAUUUUGGGUAUUUUAAUAAAAGAGACUGAAUCACA